ACUUUCUCCUACUCGUGAACAAAAUUGUAAUGGACGAAAUCGUCGCCAGCAGUUCUAAGCUCGAAGGGAACCGCGUGUUGGAUGAAGGAGACAUCUUGGAGGCAGAUCGGGAAGAAAGCAUCUCCGAAGAGGAUGAGCUCCCGGUGGGAAUGGACCCGCAAGGUUUCUCUGGUCCGAAAACAAUCAAGCCUCUAUCUCGUGAAGCCCUGGCAGCCUUCCAAGCUGCCCAAGAUCGUGCUGGUGUCAUCUACAUCUCCCGGAUUCCUCCGGGCAUGCGUCCGACCAAAGUCCGACACUUGAUGAGUGCCCAUGGCGAGGUCGGCAGAGUAUAUCUCCAACAAGAAGACGCCAAACGUGCUUACCUGCGGCGGAAAUUCACGUCCACAAAAAAAGCUCACUUCACCGAGGGUUGGGUCGAGUUUAAAGACAAAAAGGUGGCUCGGAUCGUAGCGGGGAUGUUGAACGCACAGCCUAUUGGAGGAAAGAAGGGCACCCGAUGGAGGGACGAUGUCUGGACCAUGAAAUAUCUUCCCAAGUUCAAGUGGACAAUGCUCACUGAGCAGAUCG